CUCCCUCGCUCGCUCCCUCGUUUGCUUGGUGUACCUGAGGGACCAGUGCCCGUUGGCGGCCGGCGCUGCAGCCCCAAGCGCCGUUUGGAGACCGGGCCUCGCAGUGUGAGAUAUUUCAAUCAAAGGAAGAAAUAGCUCUUCUCCUAAGAUGGAAUCUGUUGUUUGGGAAUGUGGUUGAUCAACUUGGUAUAUUGGCCAAAUGUGCCCUAUGUAAUAAAAUGAAAAGAAGAGACAAGAUGAUGUCAUUUUCCUGUAUUGUGAAACCAAAAACAGAUGCCUUUUGUGAGACCAAACUAACAAACCUCUGACAGUGCAAAGAGUAUUUAACUGUGUGAAGAACUUAAUAGUAAGAUAUAGAAGAAGUACUUCUUCAAGCUGAGACCUGCAGGUGUACAGAGACCUAAAAUACAUAUUGAGUAGGCCUGGAUCAUCCAAAUCUCAUUCAGAUCCAAGAAAGAUGGCUAAGAGUUGGAUCGUCUCCUGCCUUUGGCCCUUGACUAUGUUUGUGGGGCAUAUGAGUGGGCACAGUUUGUUUUCUUGUGAACCUAUUACUUUGAGGAUGUGCCAAGAUUUGCCUUAUAAUACUACCUUCAUGCCUAAUCUUCUGAAUCAUUAUGACCAACAGACAGCAGCUCUAGCGAUGGAGCCAUUCCACCCUAUGGUGAAUCUGGAUUGUUCUCGGGAUUUCCGGCCAUUUCUCUGCGCACUCUAUGCUCCUAUUUGUAUGGAAUAUGGACGGGUCACACUUCCCUGUCGUAGGCUGUGUCAGCGGGCUUACAGCGAGUGUUCGAAGCUCAUGGAGAUGUUUGGUGUCCCUUGGCCUGAAGACAUGGAAUGCAGUAGGUUCCCAGAUUGUGAUGAGCCAUACCCUCGACUUGUGGAUCUGAAUUUAGUUGGAGAUCCUACUGAAGGAGCCCCAGUGGCAGUACAGAGGGACUAUGGUUUUUGGUGUCCCCGAGAGUUGAAAAUUGAUCCUGACCUUGGUUAUUCUUUUUUGCACGUGCGUGAUUGUUCACCUCCUUGUCCAAAUAUGUACUUUAGGAGAGAAGAACUUUCAUUUGCUCGAUAUUUCAUAGGAUUGAUUUCAAUCAUUUGCCUCUCUGCCACGUUGUUUACUUUUUUAACUUUUUUGAUUGAUGUCACAAGAUUCCGGUAUCCUGAAAGACCUAUUAUAUUUUAUGCAGUCUGCUACAUGAUGGUAUCCUUAAUUUUCUUCAUUGGGUUUUUGCUCGAGGACCGAGUAGCCUGCAACGCAUCUAGCCCUGCACAGUAUAAGGCUUCCACAGUAACACAAGGAUCUCAUAAUAAAGCCUGCACCAUGCUUUUUAUGGUACUUUAUUUUUUUACUAUGGCUGGCAGCGUUUGGUGGGUAAUUCUUACCAUCACAUGGUUCUUGGCAGCUGUGCCAAAGUGGGGUAGUGAAGCUAUUGAGAAGAAAGCAUUGCUGUUUCACGCCAGUGCAUGGGGCAUCCCUGGAACUCUGACUAUCAUCCUUUUAGCGAUGAAUAAAAUUGAAGGUGACAAUAUCAGUGGCGUGUGUUUUGUUGGCCUCUACGAUGUUGAUGCAUUGAGAUAUUUUGUUCUUGCACCCCUCUGCCUAUAUGUGGUGGUUGGAAUUUCACUCCUCUUAGCUGGCAUUAUAUCACUAAACAGAGUCCGAAUUGAGAUUCCAUUAGAAAAGGAGAACCAAGAUAAAUUGGUGAAGUUUAUGAUCCGGAUUGGUGUUUUCAGCAUUCUUUAUCUCGUGCCACUCUUGGUUGUAAUUGGAUGCUACUUUUACGAGCAAGCGUACCGUGGCAUCUGGGAAACAACAUGGAUACAAGAACGCUGCAGAGAAUAUCACAUUCCAUGCCCAUAUCAGGUCACUCAGAUGAGUCGUCCAGACCUGAUUCUCUUUCUGAUGAAAUACCUGAUGGCUCUCAUUGUUGGUAUUCCCUCCAUUUUCUGGGUUGGAAGCAAAAAGACAUGCUUUGAGUGGGCCAGUUUUUUUCAUGGUCGUAGGAAAAAAGAGAUAGUGAAUGAGAGCCGACAGGUGCUCCAAGAACCUGAUUUUGCUCAGUCCCUCCUGAGGGAUCCAAACACUCCUAUUAUAAGAAAAUCGAGGGGAACUUCCACUCAAGGAACAUCCACGCACGCUUCUUCAACUCAGCUGGCAAUGGUGGAUGAUCAGAGAAGCAAAGCAGGGAGUGUCCACAGCAAAGUGAGCAGCUACCACGGCAGCCUCCACAGGUCCCGUGAUGGCAGGUACACUCCCUGCAGCUACAGAGGGAUGGAGGAGAGACUACCUCACGGCAGCAUGUCACGGCUAACGGACCACUCCAGGCACAGUAGUUCUCAUCGGCUCAAUGAACAGUCACGACACAGCAGCAUCCGGGAUCUCAGUAGUAACCCUAUGACUCACAUCACACAUGGGACCAGCAUGAAUCGAGUUAUUGAAGAAGAUGGAACCAGUGCUUAAAUCAUCCUAAGGUGGAAAAUGUGUGCCAUUUAAAAAGCAGAUUUUAUUCUUUGCCUUUGCAUGACUGAUUGCUGUAACUCACUGUUAUCAUGCGUUCAGUCAGGUGCAGAUUGUGUCCAUUGGAAAAGUAAACUUUUGCUUUUUAUAUUGCAUCAAACUUGGAACGUCAAGGUGUCCAAAAUGCUAAGAAUUAUAUUGUGAAAUAAAUAAUUCUUAUUUCUAGGUUAUGAAGAGAUAAUUACUUGUCUUGUAAGCAUUUUUAUAAACCCACUAUUUUGUAUUUCAAAAAAUCCUAAAUGUGUGGUGGCUGCUUUGUAGUGAAGUUUCAUAUAAUACCAACUAGUUGUGAGGUAACAUUCUGGUCAUUCUACUAAGAAAAGAAAAUUUCAGAAUUAAAGAAUUUACUAUGCAAAGUUUAUUUCUCAGAUGAAUGGUAGGACUUGUGUAGUUGUAUUUCCACUAAGUGAAAAAGAACUGUGUUUUUAAGCUAUAAGAGAAUUUGAUAGAUCAGCAAGGGUAUUUUAGCUAAUAGCAUAUAAGGUCAACAGAAGAAUCUGAUUAGUCUCUUGAAGGCUCUUUCAAAAUUCUAUCAAAAUAAAUUUCAUCCAGAAAGAUACAGGACUAGGAGUAGCAAUGGGCAUUUUCCCUAUAAUUGAGCUGUUUUUAUUAAUUUUGUAAAUAUUACUUUUACUGGCCAUGUUUGUAUAACUUAUCCAUGUGCAUGAUAGAAAAUAAUUUAUAGUCAUCUUUCCCAUGUAAUAGUAUUGAUUCAUAGAGAACUUUAUGUUCAGAUCUGUUCCGUGGAGGCAUGUAAUAAGCAUUAUAAGGGGUUUUGUUUUGGUCGUAACCACAAUUACAAAAUGGCAAAAUGUUUUCUCUGUAUUUAUUGUUGUAUUUUUCUACAGUGACAUGUGAUCUUGCCAAAGCCACCAAGUCUUGUCAUCCAGGUCCCUCCUAUCAGUGAGUUGAUUAUCUGUACUUGCAUUGCUCAGUAGCAAAUAGGCUACAGCUUUUGCCCCCUAUCCUUAUUUUCAGAUUCUGGAUCAUUCUUGUUCUCAGCUGAAAUAUGGAUAACCUAAGUUCAAAGUGGUGAUUUAGUUGGGGUAUCUGAAAAUCACUGUAGCAAAAUGAAGCAUGAUUAGUCUUGCUGUGAAGUAUCUUUAAUCUUAAAAAUAUCAACUCAAAAGUGUUUGACAUUUUACCUUGUAAUGUUUAAAUAAUCUACAGUAAAAACUGUGAACUUUAUUAGGCAUGAAAAUGAUCAGAAGAGAGAGAAUUCUGGAAAAUGGUUGGUGUGUUAUGUAGAAAAACAUUUCCAGCAGGCAUGUCCUCACCCCUGACUGCAGACAAGAAUCACUUGGGGAACCUCUGAUGCCCAGGCCUCCCUCUCAUUCAGGUGGGAAUUGACAGUUUUUUUUAAAAGUUUUCAAAGUCAUUCUAAUCUGUAGCCAGGCUGCAGGCUGUUUAACUUGCCCCUGCUGACCUGAUGGCAUCAUAUUUACAUGUGAAACUCUAGCUGGACUCAGUGUUAUGCUUUUACAUUAUUACCUGAUGGACAGUUGUUCUUCCUUUUAUUUGUCCAUUAUAAAAUGUAUAAUGCUGACCCCACUUCUAAAGAUUCUUAUUCAGUAACUCAAAGGUGGUAAGACUUUAAAAUCUGGUUAUAAGAAUACCACAGGUGGUUCAUGUGCAGGUAAUCUAAGAAUGACACCUUAACAAAUAUUCUAGACUCCAGAGAGGCCUGGCUUUAUCACAUGCUGGCUUUUGACCUUUAAAAAGGCAACUUCUCAGAGCUCCAGUUCCCUUAUUUGUAAAUGGAGAUAGAAGAUAAAUACCUACCUCAAAAGUUGUCAAAUAGGGAUCAAAUAAAAAAACAUGUGAAAGCUCUUCGAAAACUGUAAACUGUAAAAUAUAAGGGAUCAGAUCACUGAGGAUUGAAGAGAUUGAUGCGAGAGGGCUGCAUCACUUGACGUGUGCUUACUUCGUGUGUGUACUUUUGUCCACUUUUCUUUUAAACAAAAAGUACCAAAAAACUAAAUGUUGGAAAAGAAGGUUUUUAUCAGGCAUAAAAAUCUGUUUUCUGAUAAUAAUAAUUUGUCUAUCAUGUUGUUUCUUUCAAAGUAAAUAUAUAUUAAUAUUUUUAUUAUUAAUUCCUCAUAAGAUAUAUUUGAACAUUUGGCCCAAAAUGUUUUUUCUUUUUCCUCUGUCUGGAUUAUCUUUCUCCUUAGAACUGGGGUUAGUGCUUAAGAUGGGGUGUGAAUUCCCUCAGAACUGACAUUUAAUAAAGAUGUUCUCUGAAGGCCAAAUUUAUAAUAAUUCAUUUAUAAGUAAAUUAAUAAUUCAUGAGGCUUUUGUCUGAGAGUCUCGCCUGAGAACAGCAUGAGAGGACCAACACAAACAUUCAGAAACAAAAAUAAGAAGUUAAAAUAGAAGGUACCAGUUUGAGCUCAAAGAUACUGUCAGGCAUCACCAUCUGCAUUGUAUUAUCAAUUGCCAAAAUGUUAAUUGGUUUUCUCGUACAAAUGGCCAAGUAUAGACAGUUAAGUGAACAUCACUGUGAAUAUCUGAACUUUGUGCUUCCUGAUUUUAUGUAUUCUUCUGCAUCUUCUCUCUUAAAUUAACUGUUAUAUAUAUAUGCAAAUGCUAUAUUGAGAUUUCAGUUACUUUCAGUAUCUUACUUUUGCUCCACAAAAUUUAUUUAAUAUUGUUAAUUUAGUGUUUUGAACAAUAGUAUUUUGUUUGGGCCAUGUUAUUCAUCAAACUAGUGCUCCAAAUUAAACUUUUUUAAGAAACAGUUGAACAACUCCAUGUAGCAAAACAGCAUUUUCAAGUUUCAGCUAGCUUAAACCAAUUUGAGCAAGUCUGGACAGCUUUCUUACCAUAUGUUUAACUUUAAUUUGUGUGAUGAUUGGCAUAUGAUAAUGUUCAGUGUUUCAUUUGUUCAGUUCACACUGAGAGGAGGACGAUAGUGCUCUCUAAAGUGUUAAUACAUAGUCAGAAGGUUUUCAGAAAGUACUUUGAUUUCACCAUAUUGUAGUUAGUUUAUUUAAUAAUUAAAAAAUUCAAGACAAUAUUUAACUCAAAAUAGUAAUUAAUUUCAAAGAAAAAUUAAUAACAAUUAGCAUGGGGCUUAGUAUAUCAUAAAUUUUUCAACAAAGAAAUGAAUGAAGAACUCAUGUCAUGCAACUCACUUUUAUUCUAGUAGUGGGAGUCUCAGUGAAAUUUGAAGGAUCUGAAUUUAAACUAAGGGAAAUGAAGUCUGCUUUACAAAAAUAACGUGCAGCAAGUAACACAAAAUAAGCAAAUUGUACCAAAUGAAGCUUAUUUCUUCUAUAGUAAUGGUCCAUAUUACUAUUUAAAUUAAAGAAGUAUAUCUAUAUAUAUAUACACACACACACAAACUUGUACCAAUACUUUAUAUUAAUU